AUGGGUGACAAGCUCAGCUAUGUGCUCCAGAUCCACUUAGAUUCUUCAAACAAUGAAGCUAAGUAUGAGGCACUUUUGUAUGGGUUGCGUAUGGCCAUUUCAUUCGGCGUCCGUCGCCUGAUGGUCUAUGGCGACUCACACUUAGUGGUCAAUCAGGUGAUGAAGGAGUGGGAUAUCAGGAGCCUAGCUAUGACCGGUUAUUGCAAUGUAGUAAGAAAGCGAGAGAAGAAGUUUGAGGGGUUAGAGCUCCACCACAUACCUCAAAUCAAGAAUCAAGCUGCGGAUGAUCUGGCGAAGAUAGGUUCGACUCGAAAGCCUAUCCCCAGUAAUGUGUUCUUGGAGCAUAUCCACACCCCGUCAAUUCAAGAAGAUCCCUUCACGGAGGAGCCCCCACAACAGAUAAGUUCAACCAAUCUGACUAAGAUUGAAGUCCCAGCUGUGGUCGACUUGAUCAUGGAAGUUCUAGUGAUCACCCCUGACUGGACGGUGCCAUAUAUCGCAUACCUGCUCAGGCAGGAGCUCCCAGAGGAUGAAGAUGAAGCCCGCCAGAUCGUUCGUCGAUCCAAAGCCUUCAUGGUUAUAAGUGCACAACUUUAUAGGGAAAGUGUCACCGGAGUUGCUCAGCGUUGCAUCUCUCCAGAAGAAGGUCGAAUGAUUCUAAAUGAGAUUCACUCGGGGACCUGUGGUCACCAUGCGUCCUCUCGGACCAUCGUAGCCAAAGCAUACUGA